GGCAGACUGUCUCUUUAAGGCUGAGAGCAGCAUGUGUUAGUGUGUCUCUCACUAUGGCAAUGACACAGUGUAGCAGGAGGCUGAGAGCUCAGAACUCCCCCACACUCUAGGGGAGGAGGAGGGGUGACUGGCCAGCAGCAAAGGGGGAUCACAGCAUUCUCAGUGCCCCAGCCCCCCUCCAGGAUAAAGGACCCCCCUCCUGGAUAAAGGACCCCUGGAAGAUCUGCUGGUGUCCCCCCCCCCUCCACUGCACCAUUUCAGGAACAAAGUCCUCUUUAUUCUCAGCCAUGGAAGAGGCUCCCAGGACCUGACUCUCUCUCUCUGUUUACCUUAUUUUCUGUUUUGGUUUCUUAUUUUUCCUGAUUUGGGGACAUUUAUUCUUUAAAAAUGAUCCCAAGACCCACCACAUCCUUUACUCUGAAACAGGACCCCACAACCACGAUCAGGAGUUCAAAGUCUCCGAAGAUAAACAGGCGUGCAAACCAAGGCAUGACCCUAAAAUGCUUCCCAGGUGAAAACAUAUACGAGGAAGCGAUAAAAGUGAAAAAGCAGAUCCAUUUCCAAGAUGGCCACACAGACAUAUCUGGCACGCUGUAUUGUACGAGCCACAGGAUUGCCUUCCGCCCCGAGGUCCGCCUCUCCGUCCAAGAUCCGACCAGAGACCUGUUAUUUGACAAUGAAAACGACAUUGCCCUGCCCUGCGUUGAAAGGAUUUUGGCAGUGGCGAGUCAGACCAAAGCGAAAGUCCUGACUGCUCAGUCCAACCUGAAGUUUAUCCCGGAAGAGCUUCUGAUCUAUUCUAAAGGGUUCCGUGUUCUGCACCUUCAUUUCAGCGAUAACGGCUUACAGCCUCAGGCAUUCAAGAUCACACAAGCCAUGAUCCGGAGCCAGCAGCGGAGCGGUCUGGAGAAGCAGUUUGGGAACACCGUGUUACAGAGUUUGGAUAACAGGCAGGGCCCGGCCGCAAUGGACUUCCCUACGCGUUUGUUUGAAACAUCAACUGACUGGGAGAAUGAAAUUGAGCGUCUUGGAGCGUCAGUGUGGAGAGUGAGCCCAGUCAAUGAGCGGUGUGAUAUCUCCACCAGUCUCUCCAAGUACAUUGUGGUACCCUGCAAACUCCUGGACCACGACUUAAAGAAGACCUUUGCGCACUUUAACCAGUGGCGAAUCCCGAGAUUGUCCUGGCAUCACCCAUCGGGCAGCGACCUCCUGCGAUCGGCUGGAUUCCAAACAAACACGGAUCCAGACAAAGAGAAUGUCAAAGCUAUAAAAUCAUUGCUUUUUGCCAACCAUUCGCAAUGUGUGAUCGUAGACAUGAAUGAAGAACUUCCUACCAUUUCUGAUCUGCAGACAUCCUACAUUAAGCUGCGCGGCCUGUGUCUAAACGACCCCUCUACAUCGGUGUCUGACGAAAAGUGGUUUUCUAAUUUAGACAGCACACAUUGGCUCGACCAUGUGCGGAUAUGCCUGAAGAAGGCCUGUGAUAUCUCGCUGUUGCUCUGCGAUAGAAGAUUAUCGGUGGUCCUUCAAGAACCCGAUGAUCGCGAUAUGAACUGCGUGAUGACAUCAUUGGUUCAGGUGAUAUCGGAUCCUCAUGCGCGCACCUUGUCCGGCUUCCAGAGCUUGGUUCAGAAGGAGUGGGUGUCAGCGGGGCAUCCGUUCAUGCAACGAAUAAACCUGUACAGACACGCUGAUAAGGAGGACUCUCCGAUGUUCCUGCUGCUCCUAGACUGUGUCUGGCAGCUCAUGCACCAGUUCCCGUCCACCUUCGAAUUUACCGAGUCCUACCUGAUCGCUCUGCAGGACAGUAUUUACAACCCAUUCUGUAGCAGCUUCAUGCACAACUGCCAGUGGGAUCGGGUUCGAGGAAGUCAGCGACAUUCGUUUAGCCAGACGUACACUCCUAUUAUUGGAUGGCAAGAUAUUGUUCGGGAGAAGAUAUUUCUCAAGGGAGACUACAAGGCUAGAGAAGAAAGAAAUCCAAGCCCUCCGACCGUGUGGGAGUGGGGUCUGUUCUACAGUCACCUUCACAGACAGCAGUUUAGGAAUCCAUUGUACCAAACCCAGGAACACGCUGUGCUCAACGGAAACGGCAUCUUGCACAACUCCAACAAGCUGGAAGCAACCAGCCCCUCCAUAUUCCUGCUGUCCAAGGGGUUUCUGAUACCACAGUCUCCAUUAUUCCCUUGGAAAAGUGGUACGGUGUCCAAGAAAAACAAUCGUCGUGCUCAGUCCCUGGAAAACCUUUUAGAGGAUGAUAGACAGCUCAAAUUCAAGAGUAACAUUGAUGCUUUGAGUGCACCGGGAGACCUGUUACAACCCCUUUGUUUUGGGCCUUGGGUUCGUUUGUGGAAAAGGUGUUAUCUACGCUGUGACAUGGAAAAGCAGAUACACACGCCACCUCCAACUCUCGUUGACUUGGCCAAGGAGGUAAAAUCUCUCCAGGAGAAACUAAGAAACCAUCACAUAAACUCUAAACACAACAUAAAUGGCGUGGCCCGCUCAUCAAUCCGAUAACAGGCCUGGUCGAAAUCAUUCAGGCAUCUCAAAGAGCGUAUCAGUGGAAUAAUCCCAGUCCACUCCUCGCGACCUGGUGGAAAAACGGCAAUCUCAUGUGGGUCUGGAAAUGUCUCUACGAAUGACUGGAGAACAGUCCCGGGGGCGGUGGAAUGGCCAGGAAAUUAAUCUCACAUGAAGAUAAUGAAACAUUGGGAUCUUUGCACUUUGCUUUUCCCACUGGUUGUGUGAAUUCCAAUUUAGAUCUGUGAGGCCGGUACAACCGUAUAUUUAGACUUUGGCUUGUUCACACCUGUGGGAAGACGGACAAGAAUCUUUGCUGCUUACAUGUGUAGUGUGAAAUACUUAGUAUUACUGAGCUGCUGCCAUUACUCCACGACCGUAUAUGAACCAAACACAAGACAACUAGAGAUCACGGAUUUUAGGCAUUUUACAAUCGGAAAUGUUUUUCAGGCAAUUUGUAGCCACUUAAUGUACACUGUUACAAAAAUUACGGCCCUUUUCUCUCUCUCUCUGUCCUCCAAAGAAACAUUAUAAAUGCCUUAUGUAACAGAUUUUAGGAAUUUCUUUAAAAUAUUCCUCCAGAGACUAAAUGGCAUCAUCGAAAAAAAUAGGACUCACUGUAACCCCUAGAGUGCCAAAGUGCUUGUAGCCCUUUAAUAUCCCAUGGGCAUUUUAAGGGUUAAAGCAAAGUAUAGGCAUUAUUUAUAUGAUGUUAUACUUAUUCAAAUUUGUAAAUAAUUAACUGUAUAAAUAAUAUUAAUGAACAAAAAGUAAUAAUUUUAUAAGAAAUAGUAUUAAUCAUAGGGUAAAAACAAUGGACAGGGUACUCUCCCGCCCCCUCCCCCCAGCCUUGCCUUUUAUCGUGUGUUAUUUGAGUUAUUAGCAUAGUUUGUACUGCGUAAAGCGCAGGAGAGCCGCCAUAUUGCGUCAGUAAUCUAUAAAGGAGAAAUAGAUUCUCAGUAGGAUUGCUCUGAAUCCCUCCCAUUCAGCUCUUCGCUGAAUACUCCAACACAUUUCUCUUUUUGGUUUUAUUUUUUAUUUCUUAACUUUCCCUGUUUUCAGCCAGAGGGCGCUGGUUUAUGAUGUCAUA